AUGUCCACAGCUGAUGAAAUAAAUCCCGCCAACGCUGGCGAUGCUACAAGUAAGGCCGACAGCCAAGUCACCGCUGAACCAGCGAUCCCCGAAGGCCCAACUGAUAGCCAUGUGCUGUCCCAAGUCGAACAGGAUGAAAAGGGCCUUGCGCAGAAAGCUGGCGACACCGAGGGAAUUACCAAUAUUGGAUGGGGUGUCUCACCUAACGUUAUUGAAGAGCCUUUAGUCGCUGGGUUGUCAAAUGAAGAUCUGUGGAUGCUCAUUAGGCGAUUCGACAAGCAAGUCUACAGAGUCAAAGCUGUGCCUGAUGCUCCCCUCCAAAACCUGGAUUUAACACGAACGGACGAUGAUGAAUUUUCUCCGGAUAAGCUCCGGGCUACGAUGGAACGAUUCUACAUCACAGUCGUCGUUUACCUUGCUGCAUGGCUUCUCGAUCUACUAGCCCCGACCGUGCUAGCGGCUCUACUCGCCCUAGUGGUCUACCCACCAUUGCGACCAAUAAUGUUUCCCCCAGCGCCAAUAGCUCUCGUGGACAAAGAUACGGGCGGUGUACAAAAGCCGAAAGCAGGAAUUCUUGGCUCCCACGACAGCAUCACUGGUGCACCGGAGAAAUUCAAGGGUGAGGCAGCUGAGCAGGAAGCAAGUAACUUGGUAGCAAGUGUCGCUAGCGUGACCGUGGGCAGCGCAGUCGGGAAGCACGAUCAAGGCGUACCCGACGAUGCACCCUUUGAAGAUGACGUUCCUGAUGCUAUGGAUAUUGUUGCCAAUACUGCUGAUGCACAAAGUGCCGCGCAUGGGAAAGUGCCAACUGACACUCAUGACAAAACACGACAACCUAUGCGACAGGGCGUGAUGAACGCUGCGAACUUUGCUAUGCAAGUCGUGGGUGAUAUCACGGAUACCUAUGAGAGACUAGGAAAUGCUUUAUCGGCAACGGCUCCAUUCCCUCGGCUGAAGCCUCGUCUACGUCUAGCAGCCGUGCUAGGUCCAGCGUGUCUGCUUUCAUUACUGACAACAAGUUAUGUUUUGAUGAAGGUCUGUACGCUUUUGGCUGGGUUUUCAUUCUUCGGGGACCCGGUGAUCAGACAAGGAAUAAGAUAUCUGAACCGCCAGUUCCCGAAGUGGCAGAAGAUGAUAGAGUUGCAGAACUCUCUACUCAAAGGCAUUCCGACAAACGCCCAGGUGACCGUCACACUUCUCCGCAUCGGUGAAGCCAAUGCAUCACCACUACCACCUCCCCCAACAUCACAAGAAAAAGCACACUCGCGUCCAGCCUCAUUACACCACGAGGAGCUAAGCCUCGGAGCAACUGAUGCAGAAAUCAAAGAUGCAGCGUUAGUCAAGCCUGAUAAUGACGACACCCCCGAAACCCAUUCCGAGGCAGAGAAGAACCACAAGAAAACACUAGCGUCAAGAGUGCUAGGAUUCUUCCGCGGAACGACAGCAAGCGGCGUCGAAAGCAAAAGAGGCAUCGACCGCCUACGAGCAGCGGUUGGCUCACGACAUGCAAAGAACCGAGUCGGUGUUCUGCGCCAGAAGGGCAAAAUGAUAACACCCAUCGGCCCAGUAUCAUUUGAUGCUCGCCACAAAGGGAAACGCGGCACAGCGGUUAUAGACUCGACGAAGGAGCCCGCACUUCUCUACUUCACAACAGACAUACCGCAGAACGGAGACAUAGAACUAGAACAUCGAAAGGCUGGAUCCGUUCUGUUUACCAUGCCCGUUUCUGAUAUCCAGGAAAUGAGGAAACUGGGUGGACUGGGGUGGAAGGGGAAAUUGGUUGUUGGGUGGGCGCUUGGUAGUAAAGAGGUUGUUGAUGGGUUGCUUCUUACUGGGAAGAAGCCUGGGCAGACGUAUCAGCUUACGGCUAUGGGGACGAGAGAUCAAUUAUUCAAUCGGCUUAUUGCUAUCGAUGGACAGGUUUGGGCUAGCUGUUGA